CGCCGUGAGGAGGGAGUGGUUCCAUCGUUGAAGGUGACGCUGUGAGCUGAGCACGUGGAGCCAUGGCUACAGAUGAGAGAUUCAAGAAGAAGACGGAGCAGGUGCGGAUUCUACUGGACGACCUGAAGAAGCUCUCCAGGUUUGACAAUUCCACCGUCCCAACCCUGCUAAGAUUGUAUGGCUUACAAGAUCCAUACAACCCGGAGGAGAUAGUAGCGCGAACAAGAGCCUUCCACAAAGAGGGGGGAAUAGAGCUCUACAUGAAGAUGCUGACGGCCCUCUCGCCGGACGCCUCCAACGUCCCAGACUCCCUACAGAGAGUCAUGGAGAGGAGUUUGUCUAACGUGCUCGGCAAUGUUAUAACCGCGGAUCAGAGUCAGACCUUCGUGGACUGUGGAGGCCUCAAGUUCCUGCUGAGCCUGCUCAAGCACCACGCCUGCCAGGGCCUCGUGCUGCGCUUUGAAUCAAAAAACACGCUGAGGUUUGCCAUCACAACCCUGUACAACCUGAGCCUGGUGCCGGAGCUGAAGUCGUGCUUCCACCAGGAGCUGGCGGCGGACGUGAUGGCCUGCUACCUGGACGUGCCCGACGCUCCCUGCAAGCUGUGCGCUCUGGAAACGCUGGCCAGGAUCUCCACUGAGCAGGACCUGGACAUCAUCUGUAACGCACAGGGUGCCAUUGCCCUCCUGACGGACCUUAUAAACAGGCCUUCAUACAAAGGCCAAGUGGCUCUGGAGAACAUUCUCAAUCCCACUUCUGGACUGGUGGAGAGUUUAACCAUGAUCUCCAUCACGGCUGGUAUUCGGAAAAAGACGCUGCAGCCGGGAGCCAAGCUGGAUGAAGAGGCGCUGCAGGAAAUCCUCCCCGAGCUGAAAAAGAAGCUGAAGGUGGAGACUGAGAAACGAGACUACACGCUGGAGUGGGGAGACAUCGCCGUCCACCCCACGCGUCGCUCCGUGCAGAAGUGGCCCAAGGCCAGAGACGGCCGAAUCUACGUCCCCUACAAAGUGUCCCUCGCCUUCUAUGACGGCGAUGUCAAGAAGAUCGAGGAGGCGGCGCUGGAGUUUGAGAAGAAAACAAGCGUCCGGUUCAUCCCUCGCUCCGACGAGACCGACUACAUCUACAUCCACGCGUGGGAGGGGAAUUGGUCGUUCCUGGGCCAUCAGGGCGGGGACCAGGCGAUGUCCCUGGAGCCCGGCAAGGUGACCAAGGGCGUCGUUCUGCACGAGUUCAUGCACGCGCUCGGCUUCCACCACGAGCACUGCCGCAGCGACCGUGACGACCACGUCUUGGUGCUGAGUGAAAACGUCAAGCCCGAAUGGAAGGAUGCAAUUGAGAAAAAGACGUCGCAUGAGCACAAUCUAACAACCCCGUACGACUACAGCUCCAUCACUCACUAUGGCAUGACCGCCGGCUCAAAAGACGAGCACAUCCCGACUAUGGUGCCCAGGAACAGGAGCACCAUGCAUCACUUUGGAGGUGGCCACACCCUGAGUGAGGGCGACGUGGAGAAGAUCAAGAAGAUGUUCGACCGCGAGCCUGCAACAUGGAGACCCAGCAACGCAGCCCCAGCACGGACUCGCCCAGCCACGGGUGCCAGCACGGCGCACAGGGAUGCAGGGACAUCUCUGGAGCAGUCCACAAUUGAGAGCCUGGUCGGCGUCUGGAAUAAGUCCAAUUUGAAAGAUAUUGGAGACAAGUUGAAAGACCCUCCCAUUAAAUGUGGGGGAGUCAAAGACAAUUCCUCUUCACAAGAAGUGAGCCACUGGCCCAAGCACAGCGAUGGCAAUGCGUACAUCCCCUACAAGGUCUCCGCCGACUUCUAUGACUAUGACGUUGAAGCCAUCAACAGCGCGGUGCAAGAAUUUGAGAAGAAAACCUGUGUCAGGUUCUACCCUGUUGGCUCUGAAGGAGACUUCAUUCAUAUCCAGGCCUUGGACGGGCAUCCCAGCAAGAACUGGUCAUUCCUGGGCCGUCAGGGCGGGGACCAGGCGCUGUCCCUGGAGCCUGGGAAGGUGACCAAGGGCACGGUUCUGCACGAGUUGAUGCACGCACUCGGCUUCCACCACGAGCACUGCCGCAGCGACCGCGGCCAGCACGUCUUCGUUCUGAGUGACAACGUCAAAGAUGAAUGGAAGCGAGACAUCGUGCACAUGAAAUCCACUGCCCAGGACCUGGCAGCGCCUUACGACUGCAACUCCAUCAUGCACUACAGCAUGACGGCGGGCUCAGUGGACGAGCGCAACCCGACCAUCAUCCCCAAGAACCCGCUCCUCAUGCUGCACAUGGGGCACGGCAAUGCCCUGAGCCCCUGUGACGUGGUCAAGGUGCAGAAGCUGUAUGGCCACGACGCUGAGCUCCCGGCCCCAGUGACAAAACCUUCCCCGGCUGCCGCUGGGCAGGAGGGUGCUGGAGGCAGAACCGAGCCCUUGGACAACCUGAUUGGUGCCUGGAGAAAGAAGACGGAGCAAGAAUUCAAAGAGGAAAAGGAAAAGAAAGAGAUGGACCUAAAGUCAAAAGCAGAUAUGAUUAAAAACAUCAUUGAAGAGGUGAAACGCCAGUCCAGCUUCGACGAGUCUACAAUCACAGCCCUGCAGUGCCUGCUUGACAUCCUGACAGCCAAGUGCUCCGAGGAGGAGGAGGCAGCCCUGCACCUAGCUUUCAAGGAGCAUGGAGGCGGACAUCUGCUCGUCCGCAUCAUGGAUGCGCCCAAGAAAAGAGAGGUGCGCACCGCGCUGCUGGACAUGCUGUCAAAGGUCUCCAACGCCAUGUCAAUGCACACUGGAGGAAAAGGUGCAGGGGAAGAUGGGAUGAGAACAGGCGACAUUGCUGGAGAUCUGUCACAGAAAGUCGUGGAUUGGCCCAAACAACCGGACGGAAAAGUUCGCAUCCCCUACAACAUCUCCAUCGCUUUCCCUGCCAAGGACCGGGAUGUGAUCGAGCAAGCCAUCCAGGAGUUUAACGAGAAGACCUGCGUGCGCUUCAUUCCGAGGAAGCGUGCCGACGACUACAUCAACUUCCAGGCAUUGGGCGGGAGCUGGUCGUUCCUGGGCAAGAAGGGAGGGGCCCAGUCUGUGUCCCUGGAGCCUGGGAAAGUGGAGAAAGGCACGGUUCUGCACGAGCUCAUGCACGCGCUCGGCUACCACCACGAGCACUGCAGGCAUGACCGUGACCAGCACGUCCACAUCAAAGAGGACAACAUCAAGGAGGAUGAUCUGUGUCAGUUCAACCGCAUGGAAGACAGCAACAGUGACUAUGGGCUGCCCUAUGACUACAUCUCCAUCACACACUACAGCAGGUACGCAGCGUCGCUGGAUGGCGUCAGCCCAACCAUCGUUCCUGCCAGGGAGGGGAAGACUCCCGUGGGCCAGCGCAGCUUCCUCAGCCCCCUCGAUGUCCUCAAAGUGCACCGCAAGUACCAUGGGCCCUCCACAGCUGCUGGUGGAUCCGAUGAGGAUGUGGAAAAAGCCGUUCGAGAGACGGCCGCACUCAUGGAGACGGUGGAAGAGCUGCCUUCAGAGCUUUUGGAAGCCCUGGGCAAAGAAUCACAAGAAACAGAAAUGAAGAACAAAAUGAAUGAAAUGGCACGAGUUGUGAAUGACUUGAGGAAGCGAUCCCGCUUUGACGACUCUGCAGUGCACAUCUUGACCAGUCUGCAUGAGACACUGACAAUUGCAAAUGUAAACGUGGAGGAGAGAGUUGCCCUAAAGACAUUCUUUGUCAAGGCUGGUGGCCCAGAGCUGUUUGAGAAGAUCAGGAAGUCUCCGUGCUCGGACGGCUCGGAGUUUGCCCUGCACACGGUGACAAAGCUCAUUCUGGAGGUCAUGACCAUGACAGCUGCAGAGCAGGGCCUGGAUAUGAAGAAACUGGAGCCAGUGAGGGAGAUGGUUCGAGACCUGAAGAAGCUGUCCAGAUUUGACUACUCUACAGUGCAGGCUCUGAACAGACUGAUUGAGAUGAUGACAUUUAACAGCACAAAGAGUGAAAAGAUCGCCAUGAAAACAAUCUUUGUGAAGGAUGGUGGCGCAGAACUUCUCAAGAAGAUGCAGGAGUCUCCCUCCCCAGACGACUCAGAGGCACCAAUCCAGAUGGUGACUGAGCUCUUGUUUGAGCUACUGAUGAGCUUCACAAAAGAAAUUGAUUCAGAAUGGGAUGAAGGUGCGAUUGAGCCCAUUAUAAAACUCGUAACUCACCUGAAGAAGGAAUACUGCUUUGAGCGCAAGACAGUUGAAGUGCUCAAAACCCUUCCUGCCAUCAUGAACAUUGACCUUCCCAUGGAGGUUAAAAUGAACAUAAAAGCAGCCUUCCUGCGGGCAGGAGGUGCUGAUCUGUUCAAGUCUCUGCAGCAAUUUCCUCCUCCAGGCAGCUUGGGAAUCAAGCUGCAGGAAGCCAUGGCAGAUAUUUUGACAAUGAUGAUGAAUUUCUCUGCAAAGGAGACUCCAGCUCUAGCAGGCAUGUGCGACGAUCUCGACGGCCUCCUUGACUUCAAAGAUCUCGCAGUGGCAGCCGAUUCCCACCCUCCAAAACGCAAGCAGAAUGAUCCAGCAGGAGGAGCAGCUUCCAGUCCCCCAAAACGAAAGCAAGACGAUGACUUGGACAUGGAAACUGUUCUUGAGAUCAUAAAGGCUAUGGAGGAAAACUAAACACCUUCUCUUGAAUAUGUUUAAUAUGGGUUGUUGUUGCAAUACAACAAUCAAUCACUGAAGACACCUGAUUUUAUUUCUCAUUAAUCUUUUUGAAACUUACAUUUACAAAUUUUGGGAUACAUUAGAAGGUUAUGUUUAUUCUGACAGUUUUUAAGUUGAUUUUGGGGAAUUAUAACAUUUAGACAUGGUAUUCAUAAAAAUACACUCAUAGUUUUAAGUUGUAUCUUUUUAAGUAGUUAAGAUUCUCAAGCCCACUCUACUCUAUAACAAUAUAGCUUACUAGUGAUGUCAUGGCCAUGUAACAAAGUCAGUAAACCACCACAAGGGAAGCCAUGUGAUGCACCAAUGCACAAAGCAGCAACUUUUCUCAAUCAUUGCUGCUAUACAGCAAAACGCAACAACCUUAUUGAGUCAUUAUAAAUGCACGUAUACAGUUAUCUCAAUUAUCGGUGAGGUAAUUAUCCGGGAUGCCUUUAACCAUGUUUUCUGCAUGACCACAAACAUGCAGGUAAGCCGAUUGCAAUAAAUAUGGACAACACAUUGUAUCAUCGCCUCCACUCUCCAAAGAUUUUAGAGCUUAAUUCACAUCUGCGAUCAAAAAUGUGUUUUUUAUUAUCUGGCCACCCCUGCCUCUCAAUACCCCGCAUAAUCAAGAGUUGACUAUAUAUUAUAUUUGCAGUGUGAGAAAUACAUUCUUAAUAUAUUAUUAUGGUUAAGUGGCUAUCUAUUUGUACUUUAAAUUCCCUCGAGUGAUGUUUAAUGAAUACAAAGGAUAAGAUUUGAAAUCUCAAUAAUCGACACAGGAACACGUGCAAUAGAUGAGGACAAAUUGCAUCGUUAUUUGAAUGUGGCUAUACAAUAAGAACCAUUCAUAAUUCACAAUCCCAGUGACUUCCAUUGUCAGAUUUCCAAGGAUACUAAAACAGAGCACUUGUUAUAGACGCGGCCAUUAUGCAGCCCAGUUUUAAAUAAUGGAAUCGCUAUUCUUCUGGCUUGCUACGUAUAUACCCUACUCAUAGCUCAACAUAAUUAACCUUUGUCAUUAUACAUUCUAGCAGAGACAAUAAUUAGCAUGUUAACUCUGUGUCAUGAUUAGUUUGUGGUUUGUUAUCUGUAGAGUGGUUUAUAUUAUCCAUUUAUGUUAUCCAUAACAUUUACGUUUUUGUUGCAUCUACUCAGAAAUCACGUAGAGCAGUUCUAAUGGCAUUGGUAAUAAAUAAGAAAUAGAAGUAAACACUUCAAAUUCUCACAAUAAUGCAGCUUGUACUCUUGGUGUAAUUACAAUUAUUUCAAUAAAGCUUGGUGUGAAAUGUG